AUGAAGCGGCGCUCGCUCAUCAUCUCAAAUUCAAUCAUUCCAGACUCCACCGAUCAAGAGCUCUCUUUCGAAGAUCAUGAGAUGCAGCUUAAGGCCUUGCGCGCGGGGCCGGGCCCCGUGGUGCUCCUGCUCUACGCCAGUGGCGGCCGCAGCUGCCCGGAGGCCUGUCACCGCAUCCGCGAGGCUUAUGUGAAUCUCGCCAGCCACUCCAAGCAAGCUGUGGCAGCGGUCCAGUGCAAACGACGCCAAGGCAAGUGUGCCGAAUUUGCCGACAAGUUGCCAGCCGUGCUCUUCUUCGCCAAAGGAAACCGACCAGAGAAGGUGUUAUCGACGGGCACGUCCUUGUCCUAUUCGCUCUUACAGAAAAAGAUAUGUCGAUGUGGAGGUGGCCAAGGCAGAUGUGAAUGA